AUGUCGAUGUCCUUUACUAUGUUUGAGUCUUUUAAAAUAUUUUCUUGGAAUGUAGGGGGAGCUGGAGGGAAAGCUUUUGCUCGCUCUCUGAAGCUCGCUCUUCAGCUUCACAAACCUGAUUUUGUUGUUUUGUUGGAACCGCAGGUCAGUGGUGAGGUGGCCAACAAGGUUUGUGAUAAGAUGGGUUUUUCUGAUGUUGCUAGGGUCGAAGCGAAUGGGAGGAGUGGGGGAGUCUGGAUUUUUUGGAAUGGCGGCUCCUUCACAGUCCACAUUUCUUCUGCCGGCCCCCAGCACCUUUCUCUCAUGGUGGGAAAGCCUAACUGUCCGAAUUGGCUUUUGACAGCGGUCUAUGCUUCUCCGCGGCAGUGUGAGCAGAAGCUGCUAUGGAAUUUCUUGAUCAAUCAGAGCAAGGAGGUUGCCUGCCCUUGGAUACUAACUGGAGACUUCAAUGCAAUCUUGACGCCUGAAGAAAAGUUUGGAGCUCCCUCUGUAGCUACUCUUCGGCGCUGCCGAAGGUUCAGUGAGUGGAUCAAUUCGGCUGAGCUGGUGGAUUUGGGCUUUUCUGGCCCGGUUUUUACCUGGUCUAGAGGACGCGAUACCUCCUCUUUUAGAGCUAGCCGCCUCGACCGGUCGAUCUGCAACCUGGCCUGGAAUGAGGCUUUCCCCAGCACGACUGUUACUCACCUUCCACGAUUGAGCUCAGAUCACAAUCCAGUUUUGACUACGGUUUCACCUCAGGGAGUCCCUCCCCAUCUUCCGAAAAAGUUUAAGUUUGAGGCCGCUUGGCUUACCCAUAAUGAUUUCCAGGAGUUGCUAACGUCCUCUUGGAAUUCGCAGGUGGCCCUCCCCCAAGCUCUUCAGGAUUUCGCCCACAAACUUCAGGAGUGGAAUGCGUCAGUCUUUGGGAACAUUCACUAUAGGAAGAAGAGACUGCUGGCAAGGAUUGGGGGUAUUGAGAGGAGGCUUGCGGCUGGUUUUUGCCCGGGCUUGGCGAAGCUUCAUUCUAAGCUGGGGGCCGAGCUGGAUAAAACCCUCGAACAGGAAGAACUUCUCUGGUUUCAGAGAGCUAGAGAGAAGUGGGUCAAGUUCGGGGAGCGCAACACCGCCUACUUUCACCAAAUUGCCAAUAUUAGGAGGCGGGCUAACAAGAUCGCAUGUCUGAAGAAUGAUAAUGGUGAUUGGAUUCAUGAUAUGCAGGAGUUGAAAGAUCUGGUUUUUAACUUCUACUUGGAUCUUUAUACACAGGGAGGGGAUCAGUACAUCGAUCGCAUGCCCAAGGGAGCUUUUCCGAGGCCUAACCAGGCAGAGUGGCUUGCGUUGCUACGUCCUUUCACCAUCAUGGAUAUCCACAGGGCGAUUUUUGACAUGAAGCCGCUGCAAGCUCCGGGCCCUGAUGGCUUCCAAGCGAUCUUCUAUCAAAAAUCAUGGAGUGUUGUUGGGAAAGCUUUGACAGACAUGGCGAUAUCAUUCUUUGAAAAUGGGUCUCUCCCGGAGGAGGUUUCCUCUUCUACAGUUGUGCUCAUUCCAAAGGUGGAGAAUCCUGAGACCGUUAACCAGUUGCGCCCUAUUUCCCUUAAUAACGUCAGUCUCAAGGCGAUUACGAAGGCCAUGACUAGCAGGCUGAAGCCGCUUAUGAAGAGCUUGAUUUCCCCUCGCCAGAGCAGUUUCAUCCCCGGAAGGCAGACGUCGGACAAUAUUCUCAUUGUGCAGGAAGUGCUACAUUCUCUCAGGAAGAGGAAAGGAAAGAAAGGGGGGAUUGUAGUGAAGAUUGAUCUUGAGAAGGCCUACGACAGACUGCGCUGGGAUUUUCUCAGAGACACUCUGAUUGAAGUAGGCCUCCCAAGCUCCUGGAUACACUGCAUUAUGUACUGUGUGGAGCAUAAUCAUAUGCGUAUUCUUUGGAAUGGGGAGCUUUCGCACCCUAUCACUCCAUCCCGCGGAGUUCGCCAGGGAGAUCCCCUUUCACCCUAUCUGUUUGUUCUUUGUAUUGAAAGGUUAUCUCAUAGAAUUGAUCAGGCAGUCCGGGACAAGGCUUGGAAGCCUGUCAAACUCUCGGGGACUGGUCCGGCUCUCACUCAUCUAUUUUUUGCAGACGAUCUCAUUCUCUUCGCGGAGGCAGAAAGAUCACAAGUGCGGAUCAUCAAGCAAUGCCUGGAGGAUUUUUGUGAGAGUUCGGGCCAGCGGGUCAACUUCAGCAAGUCCUCCAUGUAUGUGUCGCCAAAUGUUAGGGAGGAGACUGCGCAGGUGUUAAGCUCCAGAGCCUCGAUUCCGCUUACUAAAGAUCUGGGGAAGUAUCUAGGGAUCCAUACCAUUCAUGGGAGGGUCACUAGGAAUCGAUACCAGAGUCUAAUUCUGAGAAUCAAGAAAAAGUUGGCGCCUUGGAAGGCGCGCCGCUUGUCCUUGGCAGCGAGACUCACUGUGGUUCGAUCUGUAUCGUCAUCCAUCCCUACCUACUCUAUGCACACUGAACAAUUACCUGUUAAUGUUUGCAACUCUAUUGAUAAGAUUAACAGGAACUUUGUCUGGGGCGAAGAGGAGGACCAAGGGAGGAUGCACCUGGUAGCUUGGGAGAAGCUUUUGGAGCCAAAGGGGCAAGGAGGAGCGGGGCUUCGGUCCUUAAGACAGGCGAAUCUCUCCCUCCUAGCUAAGACGGGCUGGCGCUUCCUGACGGAGAAAGACAACCUUUGGGUGCGAAUUAUGGAGGACAAAUACGGGAGGAAGCGGAAGGGCAUUGAGAUGCUUCGGUCGAGUCAGGGAAGUUCUUUUGCUUGGAGAAGCAUGACUAAAGCUUCUGAUUUGUUAAAAAAGGGUCUUGCUUGGAAUAUUCACAACGGGAAGAACACUAAUUUCUGGAAGGAUGUGUGGUGUUUGCAGGUUCCCCUGAUGAAUGUUGCAGUGCAGCCCUUGCCGGAGGAGAUGCUGGCGGAUUCGGUGGCGGAUUAUGUGGACGAAGAUGGAUGCUGGGAUGUGGACCGUUUGAAGGACUGGCUAACGGAGGAUGCCCUGAACAAAGUCACGGCGGUGGCGGUUGAUCCGCUCUCGACCACUGAUGACGCUCUCUUCUGGUCGGCCUCUGAAAAUGGCCGAUUCACUGCUAAAUCGGCGUAUCUCAUGGCGUACCCCGGACAGACGGGGCACAAUGAGAGUCUGUGGAAGAAGAUUUGGCGGCUUCACGUCCCGGAAAGAGUCUGUUGUUUUACCUGGUUGGUGGCCUUGCGGAAGAUUGCGACUAAUGUGCUUCGUUUCACCAGGAAGUGUGCGGAUUCCCCAGAUUGUCACAGAUGUACUGGCACCCCGGAGACUGUCCUUCACAUUCUCCGGGAUUGUCCGCCGGCUGCGUAUUUCUGGUAUAGACAGGUUCCUCAGGCAGAGCAUCACGAUUUCUUCUCGGCCUCAGUUGAGGAUUGGAUAAGAAGCAAUGUUAACAGGGAGGAGGAGAUGGAGUCAGGUAUGGCAUGGAAUGAGUUUUUUGCAUCUGCUAUUUGGUUAUUGUGGAAGAACAGGUGCACAGCCUGCUUCAAAGGCAUUGGAGCGGCUUUGACUGCCCCCUCUCUGGCGAAUUCUAUCCUUCAUAGAGCUUCUCUCUGGCACACGGCGUGGGUCUCAGGCAGCGCGGUUCAGCUCCAAGGCUCCCCUGCGGUUCAUAGGGUGCUGGCGGACAUCAGGUGGGUGGCCCCCCCCGGCGGAUGGAUGAAGCUGAACGUGGAUGGGGCGUCGGCCGGGAAUCCAGGGCAGGCUGGUGCGGGAGGGCUAAUUCGGGAUGAGCAAGGCAGAUGGCAGGUUGGGUUUGUGGCAAUGAUUGGGGAGGCGACCGCUGCCUUGGCCGAGUUGUGGGCUCUGUUCCAUGGGCUGAAUCUCGCUUGGAAGUACAGGUGCACCAACCUCUUGAUUGAGACGGACUCUCAAUUGGUGGUCCAGUGGCUGAAGAACAGAAGUGACCCUCUCCAUCCUCAUGCCUCUCUGCUGGCCUCCAUCAGGAGACGCACGGCGCAAGACUGGCUGGUUAGCAUAUCUCAUACAUACCGGGAAGGGAAUAGAGCCGCGGACUGGCUCUCGAAGCACAGUCUCGUCUAUCCCUAUGGUAUGCAUGAGCUUGUUAAUCCGCCUACGGGUAUCGGAAGCAUUCUUCAGGACGAUAUGAGAGGAAUUUCUUUUGAGCGGAGGGUACUAGCUACCCGGUCUUUGUAA